CUAUGAAAAGGAUCUUGGCAUAGUUACCUGGGGACUCUAGGUGCUGUAGAACAGAGUGGACACAUAGGGACACAGCAUCCUCCACGGACCUGUUUGCCCUGUAUGCAAACUGGAAGGGGUCUAGGUUCACUACCCUGGACAGAAUUGGAGUCUAAAAUGUCAGGAUUCACUGAACCAACACUGCUGCCUAUGCCAGUGAAGGAGAUAAAAGAAGAAGAGUUUGAUGAUUUCCAUCAGGAACAUCUGUUUGCAGUUCAGAAAGAAGAAGAAAAGCCUGGACUGGAUCAUGACUGCAAGACUGAAACACACACAUCAGCAAUGUUUCACUGCAAAGAAGAAAAGUCUCCACUGAUGGACAUUAAACAGGAGGAAUCUGAUUCAAGAGAGCAUGGCCAGAAAGACUCUUCUCCUAUUGAAAUCAGCACAGACGAGAUGAGACAUACUGGGAAAAAGCCGUACCAGUGCACUGAUUGUGGAAAGACCUUUAAUCAAAAAUAUCAUCUCAAGACACACCAGAGGAUCCAUGCUGGGGAAAAAGCCUUGAGAUCCAUACUGGGGAAAACCAUAUCAGUGCACCAAUUUGUGGGAAGAGUUCAUACUGGGGAAAAGCGAUACCAGUGCACUGACUAUGGAAAGGCCUUCAAUCGAAAAUCUCAUCUCAAUACACACCAGAGGAUCCAUGCUAGGGAAAAACCAUAUGAGUGCACUGACUGUGGAAAGGCCUUCAGUGACAUAACUCAUCUCAAGAGACAUCAGAGGAUCCAUACUGGGGAAAAACCAUAUCAGUGCACCACUUGUGGGAAGAGUUUCAGUACUAAGACAGAGGUCACCAUCCAUCACCGGAGACAUACUGGGAAAAAACCAUAUUGGUGCACUGAUUGUGGAAAGACCUUUAAUCAAAAAUAUCAUCUCAAGACACACCAGAGGAUCCAUGCUGGGGAAAAGCCUUACCAGUGCACUGACUGUGGAAAGGCCUUUUAUCAUACAUCUCAUCUCAAGAUACACCAGAUGAUCCACACAGGAGAAAAGCCAUAUCAGUGCAGUGUGUGUGGGAAGAGUUUCAGGACUAAACCAGAGGUCACCAAACAUCAUCGCACACAUACAGGAGAGAAACCAUAUCUGUGCAGUACUUGUGGGAAGAGUUUCAGGACUAAGGCACAGGUCAACAACCAUCAGCGAACACAUACAGGAGAAAAGCCAUAUCAGUGCACCACAUGUGGGAAGAGUUUCAGGACUAAAGCAGACGUCACCAGACAUCAGCGCAUACAUACAGGAAAAAAGCCAUAUCAGUGCACCACAUGUGGGAAGAGUUUCAGCGCUAAAUACAUUCUCACUCGACACCAACGAUCACACAUGGGACUAAAGCCAUAUUUGUGUGUCAGUCACACCUAAAAUCUUAAGAGCCAUCAGGACUUGCAUACAGGUGUUGAACAUUAGAAAUGCUAAAUUGACCCAGUGAGUAUUUGCAUUAAAUCAGAGGUCAUGUACAGACACCUUUAUUCAGCUAAUGCAAGAUGAAGAACAAGUACCACAUCAUCCUGGACUAGAAGGAUGAAUUCCUUGUGUGGCACAGAUACCUGUGGCUACAUUCAUGAUCUGUUUAAGAUGCAUUUUGUGUUUGCUGUGUCUUCUGAUAAGGCCUUUAUUAAUGUCUACACAUUCAUCUGAACAACUGUCUGUUGCAUUGUUGUGUCCACCACCAAGGACAGUCCAAAGCAAGGGAAUCACAUUGCGAAUUAAUAACAAUAACAUUUGAAAAUGUUACCAGCCAGAGGGUUUUUAUUCAAAUGUGUGGUAAUGACAGGACACACUAUUAUUGU